UAUUGGGCUCUGGACAGAAUUCCAGCCUCCCUUCCUCCCUACCCAAUCUAGACUAGCUUUGUCUCAUCACUCAGCUCAAGGUGCUGCUCCUGUGAACGUCAGUCCUCUGUCCUCUGUGUGGCUCGUGCGCGUCUGUCGAGAGUACCAACUCUGAACCCUUUUCGCCAGUUAUUAGGAGAAAAAAACAACAGUAACCAUGGAAGCCAUCAAGAAGAAAAUGCAAAUGUUGAAACUGGAUAAGGAGAAUGCUAUUGAUCGGGCAGAGCAAGCAGAAGGAGACAAAAAGGGGGCAGAGGACAAAUGCAAACAGCUGGAAGAGGAGUUGCUGGCCCUGCAGAAGAAGCUCAAGGGAGUGGAGGAUGAGUUGGAUAAAUACUCCGAGUCGCUGAAGGACGCCCAGGAGAAGCUGGAGCAGGCGGAGAAGAAGGCCACAGACGCAGAGGCUGAGGUGGCUUCCCUGAACAGGCGUAUCCAGCUGGUAGAGGAGGAGUUGGACAGGGCCCAGGAGAGACUGGCCACUGCGCUGCAGAAGCUGGAGGAGGCAGAGAAGGCUGCAGAUGAGAGCGAGAGAGGAAUGAAGGUGAUCGAGAACAGGGCGUCAAAAGACGAGGAGAAGAUGGAGAUCCAAGAGAUGCAGCUAAAGGAGGCCAAGCACAUUGCUGAGGAGGCUGACAGGAAGUAUGAGGAGGUGGCCCGUAAGCUGGUGAUCCUUGAAGGUGACCUUGAGCGCUCUGAGGAGCGUGCUGAGGUGGCUGAGGCUCGAGUCAGGGAGCUGGAGGAAGAGCUUAGACUCAUGGACCAGAAUUUGAAGUCCAUGAUGUGCGGAGAGGAUGAGUACUCACAAAAGGAGGACAAAUACGAAGAGGAAAUCAAAGUUCUUACUGACAAACUUAAAGAGGCUGAGACCCGUGCUGAGUUUGCAGAGAGGUCUGUGGCUAAGCUUGAGAAGACCAUUGAUGAUUUGGAAGAGAAACUGGCUACAGCUAAAGAGGAGAACUUAGACAUGCACCAAACCCUGGACCAAACCCUCCUGGAGCUCAACAAUCUAUAAAGAGAGCUCCGUCUGUCUGGACCGACGAACAACAGUCCUAAAACAAAGAAAAACGCAAAGCUUUUAUAAUGCUCAUUUGAUACACACUUGACCAAAUCCUUUAGUUGACUUGCCCCUUUGGGAACAGGACAGUCUUCACUUGGCUUUAAUAGUAGCAAAAGGCUUAUGAACAAGGCAUUCCGUUUUAGUUAAUAUGAGGGUCUUUUGCACACAUGCUAAUUAAUGGCAAACGCAUGCUGGCUACAGAAGUUAACAUGGUUCAGUAAAUCAGCAGAACAACUAGUUGAACAGCAUAGAGUUGUAUGCUACUGAGGUUGCUGUUUGUAUUUAGCAUGUGAUUUGAGUCUUAAAGUUGACGUCUAUUUUCUAAUCUGACCUCUGAGGCCUCCUUGAAGAAAUGAAAUUCCAUUUGCUUUGAUGUUACCCCCAAAUCAAUUUAUUGUUAUUUUUUUGUAUUAAGUUUUUUUGUAAUCCUUCGAAACAAAUGGUAAACAUAUUCCUUACUUACUGUUUGGUAAGAUCAUGUGCCACUCACUGUUUAAAUUAAUACAGUAUAUUAUUUGUGUAGAACUGACCCAAACAGGGAAAAAGACUAGCUUUCAAAUUUAAUUUCCUCUACAUAAUAUUUUGACUAUAUAGGAUAAAUAGCAGUUUGUUAAAUGUACGUUUAGGUUAGUUUAUAUGGUUCAAAAUUACUAGCAAAGGUAUCAAAUUAAUGUAAUACAAACUAAAUACAAUAGGGACAUUUUACUUCAUUUAGACCAAUAUGUCUUACACAGGAUUCUUUUGACUAAGUUUUUGAAUUUUCAGAAUUGUUGUAGUGACCUUUUGGGGGUUUGGAUAAUAGGCUAAUAUUAGAGAUGAUGUGGUACCUCAUUCUAAUCAUGACGAUGUGGUACCUCAUGUAUUCUAAUCAUGACGAUGUGGUACCUCAUGUAUUCUAAUCAUGACGAUGUGGUACCUCAUGUAUUCUAAUCAUGACGAUGUGGUACCUCAUGUAUUCUAAUCAUGACGAUGUGGUACCUCAUGUAUUCUAAUCAUGACGAUGUGGUACCUCAUGUAUGCUAAUCAUGACGAUGUGGUACCUCAUGUAUUCUAAUCAUGACGAUGUGGUACCUCAUGUAUUCUAAUCAUGACGAUGUGGUACCUCAUGUAUUCUAAUCAUGACGAUGUGGUACCUCAUGUAUUCUAAUCACUUGCCUUUUUCCUUGACAAAGAUUUUGAGAAUGCCCGUAGCUGUUAGAAUCUGAAACGUCCCUUAAUUUUGAAACACCCUCUCAAUAAUCAGCAGGUUUAGCUGUUACAGGGGUCAUUCAAAGAAACAAGUCCCUUUUUGAGUAGUGUAACUUAAUCUAUGGGUAACAGGGUUGAUGUGUUAUGCCCAACCCACUGUUUGUCACCACAAAACACCAGAAAAUGGCCAAAAAGAGUAGAACCAGCUCACCUGCUUUUACACUGAUUUUGAUUAUUAGAUGUUCAAUGUUUCUUUUGAAAACAAAAAUAUUAUUAAAUAUUCACCUUAUUAAAACGAGAGUUCAGCUCACGUAACAGGAUUGAGCUUAAAAUGAGGGAAAUGUUUUUUAAAAAUUACCUUACAAUGAAUCACUAAUCACAUGAAAUGGAUAAUCUUCUGAAAUUACUUUGUCAAAGCAGCAAAAUUACUUUAGGGUUAAGUGGGUUAAAAUGUUCUGAGAAGUCAGAGUGCAGAGGGACAUGUCAAAAUGCUGAAUGUUGGCACUUUUAAGUCUUUAGUGAUAUACAAAAACAAGUGGAUUUAUUGAAUUUUCCAUGUGGUCUAUAUUAAAUGGUGUUUCAUUUAAUAUAGCAGGCUUUUAAAAUCCAAUAUUGGUGCAAAAUGUCUACUUAAAAUAUCAAAGGGAUGCAAAAGGGCCUCAUUUUGUAGAACUACCCUACAGCUGUGAACUUGUAUUUGUAAGGUUGAUUCAAGCUCCAUGUUAUAUCUUAAAAUGCACCUGUGUCAAUACUUCUGAGUAGUCAGAAUGCUUAUUGGUCUGAAGGUUUUAAUUGGGGGGAAUUAUUCAAUAUUCUGGAGGUAUUAAAAUAGUUGUCUUUUUAAAAACGUUAUUACUCAUGUAUCCUAUGCAAUGAAUUAACUGUGUGAGCUCUUUAAGACGAUUAAAAGAUUGACGGCAAGAUAAA